AUGGCACGGCCGCGUACUCUCACUAGCGAGGAGCGUCUUGACAUAUUGCGCUCGCUGGCGUUCUACAAAGGCGAAGGAGAUAAGCAGGGCUACAGGCGUGGGAAGAAGGCUGGCUCAUCCAGCUACCAUUUGUACAAGUCCAACGUGCUUGCUCGCGACUCGUACGUCACGCAUUACAAGCGCCACAACGACAGAUUAUUCGACCCCAGCGACGACCUGGAUAUUCAACGCAAGGAAAACCGCAAAGGGUGGCGGUACUGUUUCAUAGCUGGCAUUCUGGACUCGCCGGACAUGAAGUGCCAGGUGGUAGCCCUUGACAUCUUUCGUGGUGGCAAGUCGACGGCCAAGCAGCCCAAGGACUACCACGCUAUGUUCAAUCACGACUACUUUGUGAAGUGGUUUGCCAAGCUGCUUGCAGAGUUGGGUGAUAUGGGUGUGGCAAACGCGUACAUUUUGAUGGAUAAUGCCAAGUAUCACAAAGGCAGGCCUGUCGGAAAACCGACCAGCUAG